CCUGCCUCCAGCCCCACCUCUUUCCUACUUGCCAGCUUAGACUAUUUAAAAACCGUAGUUUUCCUCUCCCUAAAGAAGAUCAACACCAUGCAACUGAAUUUCAGCGGCCUGCGGGCCCUGGUAACAGGGGCAGGGAAAGGGAUCGGCCGGGACACCGUGAAAGCCCUGCAUGCCUCAGGAGCCAGUGUAGUGGCUGUGAGCCGCACUAACACCGACCUUGUCAGCCUCUCCAAAGAGUGUCCCGGGAUAGAGCCUGUGUGUGUGGAUCUAGGCAACUGGGAGGCCACAGAGCAGGCACUGGGCAGCGUGGGACCUGUGGACCUGCUGGUCAACAAUGCUGCUGUGGCUCCAUUGCAAUCCUUCCUGGAGAUCACCAAGGAGACCUUCGACAGGACCUUCAACGUGAAUGUGCGUUCUGUGAUUCAAGUGUCCCAGUUCGUGGCCCGGGGCAUGAUCGCCAGAGGAGUGCAGGGAUCCAUUGUCAACGUCUCCAGCAUGGUGGCCUAUGUAACUUUUCCCAACCUGCCCGUCUACAGCUCCACUAAGUCUGCAUUAACCAUGCUGACCAAAGCAAUGGCCUGGGAGCUGGGGCCCCACAAGAUCCGAGUGAACUCUGUGAACCCCACGUUGGUGCUCACCGCUAUGGGCAAGCACGUUGUGCCCGAUCCUGAGAUGGCCAGAAAGCUGAAGGAGCGCCAUCCGCUGAAGAAGUUUGCAGAGGUGGAAGACGUGGUCAACAGCAUCCUGUUCUUGCUCAGCGACCGAAGCGUCUCUAUCACCGGCUCGGGGAUCCUGGUGGACUGCGGCUACCUGGCUUCCUAGGACCGCACGGUUUGCACCCGGCAGGCGAGCACUGCGCAGACGCUGACUGGCCCGGCCCACUGCAUGCCCACUGGCCCGCCCACUCGCUAGUGCAAGCCCCGCUCUUCUAGAUCACAAGGUCCAGGGUCCACCCCCGGCCUCACCUAGAACUGCUCCCUGGACGCUGCCCCACUCGGACUCCGCCCCCUCCGCACACACACUCACUUCUAAGCAGACCAAGUCCAGCUGCCACGCCUCUCCUCCCCCAUCCCGUCCCUACCCGGAGACCACUCCCCAUCUGCGGGGUCCCCGCAGCGACCCGGACACUGCAUAAAUAAAUGGAUGCCAUUUUCCGGUA